AUGCUCAUCGCGAUUACCUAUUUGUUUGUGUUUAAAGUGACAGCUCAGAGUGAUCAACAAAAUCUCAGUUUAUUAGAGAACUUGUACGCUAAAAUGUCCGGUGCAUGUCGCGCUAUUAUGGAUCUACAAUUAAAUUCUAUGAAUAGUCAAAAUGAAAUAUUGAGAACUAUGAAAAUUAUAUAUAUAGAUAAUAUGGAAAAGCGAACUUUUUCUAUAGAAAAGGCUUUUCAAACAUUAACUGAAUCGGGUGUUUUUGAUAUAACAAGGCAAACGAAAAUAAUAAUUCAUGGCUAUAAGGACAGUUCACAGUCCUCAGUUUCGUUGGAUAUAGCGGAGAGUUACAACGAAAAGAAAAUGUUUAAUGUUCUUCUCGUGGAUGCGGAAGAAAUGAUGAAUCAAAGGUACAUUUUGUCCGUACACAAUGCUCGUCUAGUGGGAAAAAGGUUAGCAAAUUUGUUAGGUAAUCUGGAAAACUUCGGAGCCAGCGCUGACGAUUUUCACCUUAUUGGUGUUAGUUUGGGAGCACAUAUUGCGGGGUGGGCUGGAAAAUACUUUCAUAAAUAUAAAUCACAUUUACUAGGCCGUAUAACUGGUUUAGAUCCCGCAGGCCCGUGUUUCUCUUUUGCAUAUCCUGAUCAGAGAUUAGACAAAAUGGACGCUAAAUAUGUAGACGUGAUGCAUUCGAACAUGUUAGUACAAGGAGUGAUUGAACCUCUCGGUCACGCUGAUUUUUACUUAAAUGGUGGAGGACCUCAACAACCAGGAUGUAUCAUGCCUUCUUGUAGUCACCUACGAGCAGCUCAAGUUUAUGCAGAAAGCAUACGGACCCCAAAAUCAUUUGUGGGUAUUCGAUGUCGCAGCUGGCAACAAUUUGAAGCAAAUAAAUGUAAAAAUAAAGAUUAUGCCGUUCUCGGGUACGGUUCCUCAACCUCGACCCGUGGUCUGUAUUACCUGCGGACAUCGGCCGGCUCACCUUUCGGCCUUGGUAUGAAUGGUACAAAACAAGUUGCUUCGACUAAAAAUAAUAACAAUUGGUUCAUGAAUUUAAGUUACACUUGACGAAA